UUAUAUGUAUGUCUUCCCUGACCGAAACAAUCUCAUUUGAAUAUAUAGACAGACCAGACUAAUCAAUAUUUUCAGCAUCAACUUUUCAUACGUGUUGCACAAAUUCGGCUUUAGUCCGUUAAACAGUUACUUUUGAUCGUUUAUGACUACGUACAGUUCUAAGAGCAAAAAUGAUUCAGCACAUGCAAUAACCAUCUAUUCCAGACUAGUUCAUACUCAAAACUGCCAGUGUCCAACAGUAUUAGUAUUUUUUCCUACAAAGAUAGUGUAAGUGUGAACAGUUCGAAAUAAUGAAACUUCAGCUGAUUGUCGUCGAGACUGGAGAAAAGUGGCGCCGCGCACUUUUAAGGUGUGCAAGUGGACAAUGGCAGUUCCUCAUGGUGAUUAGAAAAGUUGCAUGAUAACAGUUUAUAUAGGACGAUGGGACUUGAAACAGUUUCCGCAACAGUGCACGAAAAUGAAGCAAACGUCGAGAAAAAAACGGAAAAAGAAAAUGCCACUGAAAUUGUCAUGAAUGGCGGAGAAAUGGUAUUAGAGCCCAAGUUCGUUGACUAUGGAAGUAUCCAUCCAACAGCAGAUGUGCCUCAGCUUCAACAGCAUAACUCUUCACAUGCCUUAUUGAGCCCACGCUCGGUCCUAUCUCUACCUCCUCUUGACGACGAGGAACUGCCAAAUACCUCCAAAGGAACGAAUAUGACGCAAGGAGAUUUAUAUCAGAGACAGCCUUUAUUGCCUAAUCCGGGAAAGUCGGACAAAUGGGGCCACAACGCACACAAUUCCUCCGGCCAGGAGUACUACGAGGACGAAGACGAUAUCAUACAAAAAGCUAGCGAGAGCAAUGGCGUCAUCAAAAUCAACAUGCCACCUCCCAUACGGGAGGAACCCAGGUUCCCUCAGGAACGAUGGAAAACCCUGUUAGCUGCGAUAAUUCUGGCCUUUAACUUCGUAUUGACGCUCACGUCUUUGGCACUCGUACAUGAACGAUUACCAGAUCGUAGCGUAUAUGGUCCCCUUCCCGAUGUGUUCUUCGACAACGUACCUGCUUUCGACUGGGCUUUAAGUGUUUCAGAAUACAUUAUCAUAAUUUGUGUAAAUUCGUGUGUCAUAACUAUGUUUUUUCACAAACAUAGGUUCAUAGUCUUUAGAAGGGUAUUCUUAAUUAUGUCACUAUUGUACUUGUACCGGUCCAUAACCAUGUACGUUACCGUGCUACCUGUGGCAAGCACAACGUACUUUUGUUCACCAAAAUCAAACGAAACUUCUCCUUUAGUAAUAGCCAAAAGAGUCCUUACUCUCAUGUCCGGGUUUGGAUUAUCCGUCAACGGCAAACAUGUAUACUGCGGAGAUUUUAUUUAUAGCGGACAUACAGUCAUUUUAGUACUUAGUUACCUCGUCAUCGCGGAAUACACUCCGAAAAAAUUAUAUCCAUUACAUUGGGUAUAUUGGGUUCUGGGCAUUGUUGGUGUUGUAAUGCUUCAAUUGUCACACGGCCACUACACUAUAGACGUCAUUAUAGCUUAUUUUAUUACAACUAGGAUUUUUUGGACGUACCACACACUAGCCAACAACAUCAGUCUCAAACAACAUUCGCCAAAUAACUUGUUGGGACGAGAAUGGUGGUUUUGUUUCUUUCUUUAUUUUGAAGGGAAUGUGGGGGGUCCAAUACCAAGACAGUUUGAUUGGCCUUUUCCAUGGCCAAGAAGAUUUCACUCAAAAAGUCGGGAUAGUUAGUGCAGUGUGUGUUGUAUAAA